AUGGCUAAGAAUUACCACCUAUCCUCCCUCUUACUACUUGCAUUUCUCAUUUUAUUCUUCAUUAAUGGCAACAUAACUGGCGCAACCGCACGCCACCUUCUAGAGACACCCCUCCCUGAGACACCUAAACUAGAACUCCCGAAAGUCCCAGCCUUGCCAAAGCCUGAAACCCCAACUAUGCCGAAGCCUGAGAAUCCAACAAUACCAAAGCCUGAGAUCCCUGCCAUUCCAAAGCCCGAGAUUCCUAUUAUUCCAAAACCUGAAGUACCACUUGUGCCAAAGCCCGAGCUACCAAUUGUCCCGAAGCCUGAUUUACCAAAUUUGCCAAAGCCUAAGAUGCCAACAAUGCCAAAGCCUGAGCUACCAGUUGCCCCAAAGCCUGAAUUACCGACAUUGCCAAAACUCGAGCUUCCUGCUAUGCCAAAACCCGAGCUUCCUUCCUUGAAAAAGCCAGAAGUCCCAACAGUGUCAAAGACUGAGGUUUCUCCAGCUAUGAAAAAGCCUGACAUCUCAACUAUGCCAAAGCCUGAAUUACCAACUUUGCCAAAGCCUGAGAUCCCGGCUAUGCCAAAACCCGAGAUUCCUGCUAUGCCAAAGCCUGAGAUUCCAGUAAUGCCAAAACUCGAGUUUCCUCCCUUGAAAAAGCCAGAAAUCCCAGCAGUGCCAAAGACAGAGGUUCCUCCCGCUAUGAAAAAGCCCGAGCUACCAGGUGUGCCAAAGCCUGAGAUCCCUGCUAUGCCAAAGCCUGAAGUUCCAGCUAUGCCAAAGCCUAAAGUACCAGCUAUGCCAAAGCCUGAGCUCCCAGCUAUGCCAAAGCCUGAAAUCCCAGAACUACCAAAGCCAAAAGUGCCAGAGCUUCCAAAGCCAGAAGUUCCAGCUACGUCAAAGCCUGAAAUCCCGGAACUACCAAAGCCAAAAGUCCCAGAGCUUCCAAAGAUAAAAGUCCCAGCUAUGCCGAAGCCUGAAAUUCCAGAACUGCCUAAGCCAACUCUUCCUUCACUCCCUCCACCGUACAAACCUGCUACUCCUUGA